CUUUUGAUAGCCAAUGGGAUUAUAGCUACAUCGAAACUCCACCCAAGGUGCUUUGCGGCGCAUUCGGUUCAUUCCGCAUUCGUGACGGACACGUAGUGGCUGUCUAGGUCGCUUGAGGUGUAGAAGGCAUUAUCUCAGCUUCAGAAUACUCGUAUCCGUGUCUAAGAAGAGGAAAAUUAAGUCGCAUGUCUUCCGCAGCACCAGUGCAUGGUAUGAACCUCCAGGGAAAUAACAAUAUGAACUUGGAUCCAUCUAAGGAGUAUAUUUGCGAGGAUACUGCACCACUUAAAGACAAUAUUUGUAUAGACGUGGAAGCACAGUCGUACAACAGAACUUUGAAGAAGAAAAUGGAAGAUCCUGCCGCUCUUAUGCGACAAAGAAUAUGGGAAUUAAUACAUUGCUUCUUCACUGAUGCUUCACCGUGGGCAUAUGCAUUAAGUUUUGCUACACUCUUUACAGUUCCCUUGAUGCAUUGUGUUGAUAUGCAGUGCAUGGAACGCUGUCUGCCAGUCAGUGUUUGUAACCUAUGGUAUACAAAAGUUGUGGUCAUUAUCUCAUUGAUUAUUACAAAUUUGCUAUUGGCUGUACUUUUGAGUGUUAAAAGUGAGUUGGUGAAGCUCUUCAGCGUAUUGAAUUAUACGCUGCUAGUAGUUUAUUAUGUGCUGGCGUUUCUGUUAUAUGUGGCCAUAGAGCCUUACGACACCCACUUAGCACUGCACAUGAUUUGUGUUACCUUGGCUCUAGCAUAUCCUAGUUGGGUUCUGAGCCGAUCAAUGACAAAGAAACCAAAAGUAAGAAUUGUGUACGUAUCUCGUGCAUAGUUCUUCACAAAUGUCAGUAAAAGUUGCACCAGUAGAGCGAAUUUUGCAAAUGGUGCCCAAGUAUUGCCAAAAGAUCAGGCAUAAGAAAAUACCACUGCUCCAAGUUGCUGCCACUACUAACAAAUCCCACUUCAGAAUCAAGAUCAAACAUUGCAGAUGUAAAAUAAUGUCAAAGGGGAGAACCUCAGUUAUACGGAUGGACAUAACACAUUUUGAAACUGGAAAUCAAGUAACAGAGCUGUGCCAACAACCACAAUAUCAGUCCUCAUAUCUUCAUACUAGGCAUGGAGAAAGACUGUGAAAGUAGAAGAUAACUACAUCAUUUAUAGCUCUCUUAAAUCAUUCAAGAGAUCCAGAGCAAUCAUGAAGGGCCUCUAAUAUUUGACAAAAAUUAGAACCUUAGACUCAAGGAAUUUUAAUUUAUCGGUUCAUCCAGAGAGUUAGCCAGCCAUUAGGCCAUUAAACAAAAACAUUGACUUGAGGAAAUAUUCAAGGAUUAAGAAUGUAAAUACCAAAAAUAUAACACUUAUGGAAAGAAGGUGGUGGAUGGCUUGAUGACUUGAAUGUUUGGGUCACCUUAUUGUUAGCAGAGCGCAACAAAUGUUUUGUGGCCAACUGUAAAUCUAUCCUAGUGAAUUAGAGACAUUGUUUAUUUCCUUCUACAAAGUUUCAAUUUGUAUUCACUAUUUACUUGUGUCUGAGAGUGCAGUAUGUGGUCAGCACUUUCUCUUAUUCAUAGCAUGUUUUCUUUCAUCUAUUUUGCCUCUCUCAUUUUUCUAACUGAUAGGCAAUCACUUAUUAGUAGCACAUGACGUAAUGCACUAUCUGGUGGCCUCAGUGCAAUGUGUGUCAUCCAAAAUAAGCUCUGUGAAUAUUAUACAAUUUCAAAAUUAUAUCGAAUAUUUUGUAGAUCAUGAAUUUCUGAACAAUUUUUAAGAUAAUAACUUUCACUUCUGUAUUUAUUAUUCUCUGUUACCCACAGAAACAAGUAGUUUUUCACAUUUAAGUGAUCAGAUGUCAUCAACUUGUGCUUCAGAAUUCACAUUGUUUCAUCCUGACCAGUUUGUCACAAUACAGAAAUGCUGCAAGUGUGGAAAUAAUCAUCAUCUUGACAUACCAGUUUUGGAAUCCAAAGAAGAAAGUAAAUAAUAUGAAAACAAUACCUCACAGGUUCACAGUAGAGCUAGACAUUUUAUCAGCCAGGACUUUCCUCAUUCCCAAAUGCCCAAUGUAAUAAAUUCACUUGAAUUUAAAAAUUGUGGAUCACUGUAUUCAAGUCCACACAAUGUCAAAGACUGCUGUGCCAUAUCAAACUUUCCAUUUUUUAUUUAUUUAUUUAUUAUUAUUUUUGAGGAUAAGUGACAGUCAGUUUGACUUAAAUUUUAACUCCCAGAUGGUAGCAAAAGUGACAUACAGAAUUUACUGCAUGAAAGACAUGUUUCUCAUAUGUCUUCCAUUUUUUAUGUUGUGUGGUUGAAGCUGGACCCCUGGAUUCUUAGAAACUGUUACUCCUAGUCAGUGGCCCCACUUUCACUUGUGCAAGUUAUUAAUCUUUGUUAACUCAUGGCAUAGACUGUUUUACAUGUUCCAGUGAUCAGAUGGGAUGUAUAAUUUGUCUCUUGGACUUAAUUUCAGCCUGGUCCAUGUGCCAUCAUGUUUAAAACCAAGUGCAUAUUGAAUCUGUUCACCUGUUCAACAGUUGUGUUCAGCCCUCCUCCUCUGUACAUUAUAAUUACAUUGCUAUUUAAAAAGCAAAGGACUAUUAUUUAAUGUUGAUAUAAGAUGUUAUCCCUUUGUUGAGUCAUUCUUCACUACGACAUUCACAUAUUAUUUCACUUAGAACAUGUAACAUGGAGUGAUCAGGAAAUUUUCUUCAAAACUUAAAAAUUAACAUAAAAUUCCAUAAAAGGUAAAUUCAAUAUAGACACCGGGUCUUGGGUUAAUAGUGAACAUAAAAAAACUCAACAGUUUGGAACUUACAUGUGUUUUUCCAGGGAUCAGAAGUGUUCUGUUUAGUAUAAACUUUUCUUGUUUUUGUAAGUUUCAUUUGUUAACCAUACUCUCUUCCUUAAACAGAAUGAGUUAAAACUUAUUCACAUAGAGGACACAUACUACUGUGGUACGUGUGAGUGCAGUGAAUACUUUAAAAUAGUGGUCAAAUUCCCCAGCAGGAGCAGUGAACUUGUUUAUAAUGUGUGUGUAGCUACUGGACACUUACUAGUGUUGUGAGUGUGAGCACAAUUAUUAUAUGGAGGUGGCAAAUGUCCUCCCAACAAGGCUAAGCAGUUUGUACACUUGUGGAUUAAGUAUGACAACCGGACACUUACUACAGUUGUAAGUGUGAGUGUGAUACAUACUGUUUGAUAGUGCGGAUGCAGAAGUUCUCCUAACAGAGGGAAGCAGUAUGCUUAUGCACAAAGGACUCUUGCUGUCACUAGAGAAUAAGUUUCAACUAGAUGACAACUGGACACUUACUACAGUUGUAAGUGUGAGUGUGAUACAUGUUGUUUGAUAGUGCGGAUGCAGAAUUUCUAAUAGAGGGAAGCAGUAUGAUUCUGCACUGAGGAUUCCUGCUAUUGCUAGAGAAUAUGUUUCAACUGGAUGUAUCUGUUCCUUGUGUUUAAAUUCAUAAUAUGUAUGGUUAUUUUCAGUAAAUGAAUAAAUGCACAAUUGAUUUUA